CUAAUGCUUUUCAGUCGCAGCGACUCGCGUUCAGUCAAAGGCACCGUCACCGCAAUGAUCAAGAAAAUGUGCCCCAGCGACAUGAACAUCCCGGCCAAGAACUGUUACCGCAUGGUCAUCCUGGGCUCCUCCAAGGUGGGCAAGACCUCCAUCGUGUCGCGCUUCCUGAGCGGCCGAUUCGACGAGCAAUACACGCCGACCAUCGAGGACUUCCACCGAAAGUUCUACAGCAUCCGAGGAGAUGUCUACCAGCUGGAUAUCCUCGAUACCUCGGGCAAUCACCCCUUCCCGGCCAUGAGAAGACUCUCCAUCCUCACCGGAGAUGUCUUCAUCUUGGUCUUCAGCUUGGACAACAGGGACUCCUUUGAGGAGGUGCAGAAGCUGAAGCAGCAGAUCAUGGAGACCAAGUCCUGUCUGAAGAACAAAACCAAGGAGAAUGUGGAUGUUCCCAUCGUUAUAUGUGGGAAUAAAGUGGACCGGGAUUUCUACAGGGAAGUGCAAGCCCAUGAGAUUGAUCAGCUGGUUGGAGAGGACAGUAAAUGCUCUUACUUUGAGGUCUCUGCCAAGAAGAACUCCAGCCUGGAUGAGAUGUUUAAAGCUCUCUUCACCAUGGCCAAGCUGCCCAGUGAGAUGAGCCCAGACAUGCACCGCAAGGUGUCUGUCCAGUACUGUGAGAUCUUGCACAAGAAGUCCCUGAAGAGCAAGAAAGUCAAGGAGGAUGGGGAUGCCUAUGGCAUUGUAGCUCCCUUUGCCCGCAGACCCAGUAUCCACAGUGACUUAAUGUACAUUAGAGCCAAGGCCAUAGGAGGCGGCCAGAGUAAAGACAAAGAGAGGUGUGUGAUUAGCUAGGACUUCAUAGAUCCAGCACGGAUGUCUUUAUAAAUAUAUACAUAGAGAAACACAAAGGCCGUGUUGUUUUUGGAAGAAGCCAAAGCCGAGAUGGCAUGACCGUUGAGGGGUUCUACUUGCCCCUCCAUGCCUUCUGAUGGUUGGUCAGGCUGCUGUGGAAAAGGAGAAUCGAGCCUGAUGGGGCAGACGUUGUUGGAAGAUGCACUGAAGUUGUGCAGGAGCUUUCACCUGAUGAUGGGACUGGUGGAGUUGACGCUCUUUACUUUGAGAAACUCCGUGAUCCGUUGAACCUCCCAGGCUGGGUACAACUCUGGACUGAAUGUGGGGGGAGGGAUGUUAAUAACUGUACAAGGACUGAUUUAAACAAAAGAAAAACGAGAUUUGUUUACAUGGUGCCAUUGUGCUCUCACUCGGAGUAUUGGAUCAGAACAAAUCCAAAGUGUUGAUACUUUGUGCUUUAUUUUCAGUGUCUUUAUUUUUCUACUCAAUAAAAACAGAGUGAAAUCCA